GUAGAAGAAUACAUGUUCAGUCUCAGCGAACAAGAGCAUGUUCCCAAACUCCAUUUUGGGUCGUCCGCCUUUUACGCCAAGCCAUCAGCAACAUAAUAGCUUCUUCCCUUUGCCACCGACUCUGUACUCGCACCAGCAGCUGAUAGACGCCCAGUUCAACUUCCAGAAUGCAGACUUAUCUAGAGCAGUUUCAUUACAGCAGUUGACAUAUGGAAAUGUCAGUCCGAUACAGACCUCAACUUCCCCACUGUAUCGAGGAAGGAAGAGAUUAAGCGAUGAAAAAAACCUUCCUCUUGAUGGUAAACGACAGCGGUUCCAUUCACCCCACCAAGAGCCAACUCUAAUUAACCACUUAGUGCCUUUAUCUGGGGAAAGAAGAUAUUCCAUGCCGCCACUGUUUCACACACACUAUAUACCAGAUAUAGUCAGAUGUGUUCCACCUUUUCGAGAAAUACCGCUUUUAGAACCUAGAGAAAUCACACUGCCUGAGGCCAAAGAUAAGUUGAGUCAGCAGAUACUGGAGUUGUUUGAAGCAUGCCAGCAGCAAAUUAGUGAUUUAAAGAAGAAAGAACUAUGUCGAACAGAGCUACAGAGAGAAAUUCAGCUGUUAUUUCCACAAAGCAGACUUUUUCUGGUUGGGUCCUCUUUAAAUGGAUUUGGCACCCGGACCAGUGAUGGUGACUUAUGCCUUGUUGUUAAAGAAGAACCAUGUUUUUUUCAGGUAAAUCAGAAGACCGAAGCACGGCACAUACUCACCUUAGUCCAUAAACACUUCUGUGCUAGACUUUCUGGCUACAUUGAGAGACCUCAGCUGAUCAGAGCUAAAGUGCCAAUUGUGAAGUUCAGGGAUAAAGUCAGUUGUGUGGAGUUUGACUUGAAUGUAAACAAUAUUGUUGGAAUAAGAAACACUUUCCUUCUCAGAACUUAUGCAUAUCUUGAGAAUCGAGUUCGUCCGUUAGCACUUGUGAUUAAGAAGUGGGCAAGUCACCAUGACAUAAAUGACGCCAGUCGUGGCACUUUGAACAGCUAUAGUCUUGUAUUGAUGGUUUUGCACUAUUUACAAACCCUACCUGAACCCAUCCUUCCAUCCAUCCAAAAAAGUUACCCAGAAUCUUUCAGUCCUGCUAUCCAGCUGCACCUUGUACACCAGGCUCCAUGUAACGUACCUCCUUACCUCUCAAAGAAUGAAUCACCUCUUGGGGACCUCUUACUGGGCUUUCUUAAAUAUUACGCUACAGAAUUUGACUGGGACAGUCAGAUGAUUUCAGUUCGUGAAGCCAAAGCCAUUCCCAGGCCUGACGGCAUUGAAUGGAGAAAUAAAUACAUCUGUGUAGAAGAACCUUUUGAUGGAACAAAUACAGCCAGAGCUGUACAUGAAAAACAUAAGUUUGACAUGAUCAAGGAUCAAUUUUUAAAGUCAUGGCAAAGAUUGAAAAACAAGAGAGAUUUGAACAGCAUACUGCCCUUACGAGCUGCUACCGGGAAAAGAUGACUGGCCUCCUAAUAGUCCUGCGAAAUAAAGAACAAUAGUAACAUCGUAAUGCAUUCUGUUUACCUCCAUCAUGGUUUUUUUUAAUUGCCCUUCUUGUUUUCAUGUUUUAUUUUUUAAAGGACAUACUUAUAUAAAGAUUGCAUAUUUUAUUAUGACAUUUCCUAAUAAAACUUUGAUUUAAAGAUGUAUUUUUGAAAAUGUUUACAUUAAUGAUUAGUAAUAUUACGGCUUGAAUUUUCAGACCAGAUAAAAUAUUUUUGGGGGAAUUAUCUGAACAAAUAAAAAGUUUUGAUAUAACUUCAGCUGCACCACCUGCUAAUACUAAGAGGUUAUGUGGAAUUUUGGAAAUGAUCUGAUUCAUAAAUUCUUCAAGUGUAACCUACAGUAGAUAAUUCACUGCCUAAGUCCAUUCUGGUAAACUGAUGGUUCAGUUCAGUUGUUCAGUUACUUGAAGCAAAAUGAAAUAUUUUAUUUCGGUGAAAUUACUGAAAAGGCACAAAAUAGUGGACAGCUGCCUUCAGUCUCCACUUGACUCACCAGGACAGGCGGAAGGAAGCUUUGGCAGUGCCCAUACUCGUACCUCAUUAGUACCUCAGAUGCUUCUGAUGUACUCUAGAGAUUAACUUCUGUGUUGAAGCAACAAACAGUACAUUUUGCACUAUCACAGUGUAGGUACCAGUUCUGUGUCAGACAGGCGUUGGCGCAUUGUUUUAAAAGGAACAGUUAACUUGCAGAUGUUUUGAAAAGGUUAAGUCCCCUGUGCUUUAUGAUAGCUUAGUGCGUUAUGCACUCCCAUUGUUUACCUACUUUUAUGCUCACUCCCUGUGACAUGAAGCAAAAGAAAUUGAAAGAUCAGAGUUAAGAUGAUCUCCUAUUAAUAGAAUCAGAUUGUUUUUUUCUGAGUAUAGUUAUAGGAAGUAAUCUAAACUGGAAUUUUUUAAGCAAGUAAGCCACUAUGAGAUGUUUUUAGAUAACUCGAGAACUACUAUAAAUGAAAGUUUAGUGUUUGUAAAGGUAUCUUUUUUAGUAUUACUUUUCCACAUGAAGUAGUGGUGGUUGCUAAAAAAAAAAAAAAAAAGGAAAAAGCUACAGUGUUCAUUAAGGUUUGUUUCUGGUCUGUGUAAAUAUUUGUAAAUUGGUCAAUGCCUGUAAAUUUAAAUAUGCAAAUAUAAUCUUGAAGACAGUUUUAACUUUUUCAAAAGACUGUAUACAAAUUCUUUUAGACCUGCUGUAGCACAGUUUGUACCUCUAAUGUAUUUGGAGUUUUUGCAGACCAAUGGAAAUGCUAGGACUUUUGCUUUUCUUUGACUUGUAAAAGGUGCGUAUUUUCAUUUUAUUCACGUUUAAAUUUUUGUAUCAUGUUUAAUGGAAUAAAGUUCAUAUGUCAAAA